GUCCACUCUGCACCCCCCUUUGACGCGACCAUGUGGGAGCUGAGAUGCGCCUCGAGCGGUCGACGGGAUCCGGCCAUGUCCCUCGGCCGCCUGUUGCCACCCCUCACGGUGGCGCUGACGCUCCUGUUGCCCUCGUACCUGGCUGCCCGUCCUCCUGCCUACCCAUCUUUCUUCUUUCUCAACACCACCUUCAAUCAUCUGGCCCGAGCCCGGGAUACGGGGAUGCUGUACGUGGGUGCUGUCAACGCCUUAUUCCAGCUGAGCCCUGAGCUCGGGUUGGUGGAGCACGUGGGCACCGGGCCGGCCAACGAUAGCCCGGAGUGCCUUCCUUUCCGGGACCCUGGCGAUUGCCCCCAGGCGCGGUCCACCGACAACACGAACAAGCUGCUGUUGCCCAACGAACGUGCCGGGGAGCUGGUGGUCUGCGGGCAGCUCUUCCAAGGGGUGUGUGAGAAAAGAGCCCUGGUAAACAUCUCUCAAGCGCUAUAUCGCCCCGAGGAUCCCGGUGACAACCAAUUUGUGGCGGCCAACGAGCCCCGCGUCUCCACCGUGGGCUUGGUGGGGCAGCAUGGCGACCGAGACCUGCUUUUUGUGGGGCGUGGGCUGACGGCCAAGCUCUCGGGUGGGAUCCCGCCGUUCACCAUCCGGCAGUUGGAAGGACCGCAGGCGUUCUCCAACGAGGGAAUGGGCAAGCUGGUGGUGGGCGACUUCUCGGACUACAACAACACCUACGCCGGCGCCUUUGCUUCCGGGGACUACGUCUACUUCCUGUUCUCCCGGCGAGGGGCGAAGGCACAGAUGGAGUACCGUGCCUACCUCUCUCGGAGCUGUAUGGAAGACACCAACCUCUACUCCUACGUUGAGCUCCCCCUGGAGUGCCGGGACGCCAAGGGGCGUGUUUACAACCUGGCUCGGGCCGUGCAUUUGGCCUCUGGGUUUCCAGGGGAAGGGGCGACGCUCUUUGUAGUCCUGGCUGCCGGCCAAGGCUCCACCGCGUCCCCAACAACCCAAACGGCACUGUGCGCGUACAGCUUGAGGGAGGUCAACGCCGCCAUGGAGCGGACGCGGCGCCUGUGCUACACCUCGGCUGGGAAGGGCCCCUCCGGGAAGGAGGAGGCAGCCAUAGAGUACGGCGUGACGUCCCAAUGCAACACCCUACCCAAGGAGUCCCCCGAAGCUUACCCUUGCGGUGAUGAACACACUCCUAGUCCCAUUGCCAGCCGGGUGCCACUGGUGGCUGAGGCUCUCCUUGCCACUGUGCCGAGACUGACGGCUGUGGCGGCCAUGGCGGAAGCGGGCCACACGAUUGCCUUUCUUGGGGAUGGCGGCGGACGGUUGCAUAAGGUUUACCUGAAUGGGUCCACAGCUCAAGUCUACAACACGGUGUCCACAGGCCAGCGUUCUCCAGUCAAUCCAGACCUGUUACUAGACGGAAGUGGAACCCACCUUUAUGUGAUGACGGCCUCACAGGUUUCCAAAGUCCCAGUUUCCGAAUGCCCCAACUUCCAGGAUUGCGACUCGUGUCUGCGUGCCCAGGACCCUUUCUGUGGUUGGUGCAUCCUGCAGAGCAGGUGCACCCGCAAGUUGGAAUGCGAGCGCCAUGAGGUAACCAAUCACUGGCUCUGGAGCUACGGUGCUGAGAGCCAGUGCCUGCGAGUGGAACAGAUGUCCCCGGCCAAUCAGAGUCGAGAAGAACAGACAGAGGUCUCCAUGCUGGUUCCUGAACUCCCUGCCUUGGCUGAGGGGGAGACUUACCACUGUGCCUUUGGGUCCCAAGACAGCCCUGCCGUGCUCGAAGGCUCCUGGGUCCGCUGCUUCUCGCCGGUUCCGCAGCAGGUGCCGCCCACCCAAGAGGGCAAAGAUCAUGUGACGGUGGCAUUAGCCUUGAUGUUCCGGGACGUGGUGGUGGCUUCCGCAGGCUUCUCCUUCUACGACUGCAAUGCAGUGAGCCAGCUUGCCGACGCAACGCCGUGUGGAACCUGCGUUGGGAGUCCAUGGAUGUGCCAUUGGUGCCCAUCCAGUCACCGGUGUGUCCCCGGCAGGCCCUGCCCAAACGGAGAGGGGCCGAUCUACAACGAGAAGGUGCCCACCGAAGACCCCCAGGGACCUGUGUCUUGCCCCAGUGUGGAGAUUGUUCCCGAGUCCCACUUGGUUCCCGUGGGUGUCGAAAUGCCACUGAGCCUUGUGGCCUGGAAUCUGCACUUGGUAGGGGGUUCAGAGAGGCUCUCCUGCGUGCUGGAGGUGGAGGGGAUUUCGGUCAUGGUGCCAGCGUCUCUGGAGGAAGGCGAGAGGGGAACCUCGCAUCGUGUGCAGUGCCAGCCCCGGACGUACAGUUACACCCAGCCUUCCCCUGAGCUUCACGCCCCCCUCUUUGUCCUGGUGGGGGAGAACCGGCGCCUUGAUAGCCGUGGAGACCUGCAUGUGAACCUGUAUAAUUGUUCCGCUGGCCGUUCGGACUGCAGCCGUUGCAAAGCCGCCCCCGACCACUUCAACUGCGUCUGGUGCCUGCUGGGAGAGGUGCCCAGCUGCGUCUACAAGGGACAGUGUCCCACCAAGGACGGUAUGCCCACUUGUCCAUCGCCCGUCAUCCACUCGGUCAGCCCCCUCACUGGGCCCUUGGAGGGGGGCACGUCGCUCACGGUGACGGGGUCCAACCUGGGCCAUCGCUUCGAGGAUGUGGCGGACACAGUGACAGUGGCCAACUUGCUGUGUGUCCCUGACCCAGCCCUGUAUCUCGUCUCUACUCGGAUUGUUUGUGAUGUACCCCCAGGACAACCGGGGUUAUCCGGCCCUGUCGAGGUCACCGUUGGGGACCGCCCACCGGGUGUUUCUGCCCAGAACUUCACCUACCAGGACCCCACGCUUCUCGACUUGCAUCCCCAUUUCGGCCCUGUCGCUGGAGGGACUCGGUUGACCAUCGUCGGAGAAGAUCUUCUGACAGGCGCUGAGAUUGCCGCCUAUGUCGGGGACCUCCCUUGCUUCCUCGAGGAACCUGUGGAGCCGCAGGCCAUCGUCUGCCGCACCAGCGCCACCACCAGACCCCGGGAAGCGCGGGUCAAGGUCCAGUAUGGCAGAGUGCAGCGCCGGCUGCAGAAGACCUUCCGUUACGUGAAGAAUCCCCAACUCACCGGGGCGUUCCCAGCGACUAGUUUCCAUGGGGGCGGACGGACCAUCUACGUGGAGGGGACCGACUUGGACGUGGUGCAGCAGCCGCUCAUCAAAGCAGUCCUGGAGCCCGAGGAGGAAGCGGCGAGCGGUCUCAGCCGGAAGAAGAGAGCCUGCGAUCUCCCACCGGGCCUUCAGGCCUUGUUGAACCAAGCUCCCCCACGCCCUUGUGUGGAGGUGGGGAACCUGCUGGAGUGCUGGGAACCUUGCUGUGCCAACUCGUCCACUCUCCUUCUUUGCCCGUCGCCCGCUGUGCCACCCGGCGCCCGCUUGCGCCACGUCCGUUUUGAACUGGAUGGCCUCCACGUCCCCUUCAGCAAUGCCAGCGGAGGCGAAGAUUUCACCUACCAGCCCAACCCCCAGCUCCGCUGGCCUGGCCGGGACUCUGGGAACCGCCCUUUCAGUCUUAAACCUGGCAAUGUCUUGGACAUAGAGGGAGACGGCCUGACCCUCGGCAUCAGCAAGGAGGAGGUGACCGUCAUCAUCGGCAACAGCAUCUGCACCGUCAAGACCCUCACCCUGACCCAUUUGUACUGCGAGCCCCCCCUGGAGCCCCCGCAGCCCCUGAACGCUUCUUCUGUGCUGCCGGAAUUCAUUGUGCAGAUGGGGAACCUGCGUCUGGACCUUGGCCGAGUUCACUACGACACGGCCCCGUCCCGCUUCCCCCCCGAGGCCCAGAUAGGGUUGGGGGUGGGUGCAGCGGUGCUGGCCUUCGUGGUGUUGCUGCUCAUCUUAAUGUACAGACGGAAGAGCAAGCAAGCCUUGCGAGAUUACAAGAAAGUCCUGGUGCAGCUGGAAAACCUGGAGAUCAGCGUGGGAGACCAGUGCCGCAAGGAAUUCACAGUAUCUCCGUCAUCUUGCUAUUUCUGGCCGGUUGGCUCCCCUCACUGCUUUAAAAAAGUUUACCUGAAUGGGUCCACAGCUCAAGUCUACAACACGGUGUCCACAGGCCAGCGUUCUCCAGUCAAUCCAGACCUGUUACUAGACGGAAGUGGAACCCACCUUUAUGUGAUGACGGCCUCACAGGUUUCCAAAGUCCCAGUUUCCGAAUGCCCCAACUUCCAGGAUUGCGACUCGUGUCUGCGUGCCCAGGACCCUUUCUGUGGUUGGUGCAUCCUGCAGAGCAGGUGCACCCGCAAGUUGGAAUGCGAGCGCCAUGAGGUAACCAAUCACUGGCUCUGGAGCUACGGUGCUGAGAGCCAGUGCCUGCGAGUGGAACAGAUGUCCCCGGCCAAUCAGAGUCGAGAAGAACAGACAGAGGUCUCCAUGCUGGUUCCUGAACUCCCUGCCUUGGCUGAGGGGGAGACUUACCACUGUGCCUUUGGGUCCCAAGACAGCCCUGCCGUGCUCGAAGGCUCCUGGGUCCGCUGCUUCUCGCCGGUUCCGCAGCAGGUGCCGCCCACCCAAGAGGGCAAAGAUCAUGUGACGGUGGCAUUAGCCUUGAUGUUCCGGGACGUGGUGGUGGCUUCCGCAGGCUUCUCCUUCUACGACUGCAAUGCAGUGAGCCAGCUUGCCGACGCAACGCCGUGUGGAACCUGCGUUGGGAGUCCAUGGAUGUGCCAUUGGUGCCCAUCCAGUCACCGGUGUGUCCCCGGCAGGCCCUGCCCAAACGGAGAGGGGCCGAUCUACAACGAGAAGGUGCCCACCGAAGACCCCCAGGGACCUGUGUCUUGCCCCAGUGUGGAGAUUGUUCCCGAGUCCCACUUGGUUCCCGUGGGUGUCGAAAUGCCACUGAGCCUUGUGGCCUGGAAUCUGCACUUGGUAGGGGGUUCAGAGAGGCUCUCCUGCGUGCUGGAGGUGGAGGGGAUUUCGGUCAUGGUGCCAGCGUCUCUGGAGGAAGGCGAGAGGGGAACCUCGCAUCGUGUGCAGUGCCAGCCCCGGACGUACAGUUACACCCAGCCUUCCCCUGAGCUUCACGCCCCCCUCUUUGUCCUGGUGGGGGAGAACCGGCGCCUUGAUAGCCGUGGAGACCUGCAUGUGAACCUGUAUAAUUGUUCCGCUGGCCGUUCGGACUGCAGCCGUUGCAAAGCCGCCCCCGACCACUUCAACUGCGUCUGGUGCCUGCUGGGAGAGGUGCCCAGCUGCGUCUACAAGGGACAGUGUCCCACCAAGGACGGUAUGCCCACUUGUCCAUCGCCCGUCAUCCACUCGGUCAGCCCCCUCACUGGGCCCUUGGAGGGGGGCACGUCGCUCACGGUGACGGGGUCCAACCUGGGCCAUCGCUUCGAGGAUGUGGCGGACACAGUGACAGUGGCCAACUUGCUGUGUGUCCCUGACCCAGCCCUGUAUCUCGUCUCUACUCGGAUUGUUUGUGAUGUACCCCCAGGAAAACCGGGGUUAUCCGGCCCCUGUCGAGGUCACCGUUGGGGACCGCCCACCGGGUGUUUCUGCCCAGAACUUCACCUACCAGACUCCCCACACGACGCCCCCCGGGAACGAGACAGGGCUGAGUCCGGAUCCCGCGAGCACUCGCAAAACCCUAAGAGGUACUUCUCUCCUCAGGACCCCACGCUUCUCGACUUGCAUCCCCAUUUCGGCCCUGUCGCUGGAGGGACUCGGUUGACCAUCGUCGGAGAAGAUCUUCUGACAGGCGCUGAGAUUGCCGCCUAUGUCGGGGACCUCCCUUGCUUCCUCGAAGAACCUGUGGAGCCGCAGGCCAUCGUCUGCCGCACCAGCGCCACCACCAGGCCCCGGGAAGCGCGGGUCAAGGUCCAGUAUGGCAGAGUGCAGCGCCGGCUGCAGAAGACCUUCCGUUACGUGAAGAAUCCCCAACUCACCGGGGCGUUCCCGGCGACUAGCUUCCACGGGGGCGGACGGACCAUCUACGUGGAGGGGACCGACUUGGACGUGGUGCAGCAGCCGCUCAUCAAAGCAGUCCUGGAGCCCGAGGAGGAAGCGGCGAGCGGUCUCAGCCGGAAGAAGAGAGCCUGCGAUCUCCCACCGGGCCUUCAGGCCUUGUUGAACCAAGCUCCCCCACGCCCUUGUGUGGAGGUGGGGAACCUGCUGGAGUGCUGGGAACCUUGCUGUGCCAACUCGUCCACUCUCCUCCUCUGCCCGUCGCCCGCUGUGCCACCCGGCGCCCGCUUGCGCCACGUCCGUUUUGAACUGGAUGGCCUCCACGUCCCCUUCAGCAAUGCCAGCGGAGGCGAAGAUUUCACCUACCAGCCCAACCCCCAGCUCCGCUGGCCUGGCCGGGACUCUGGGAACCGCCCUUUCAGUCUUAAACCUGGCAAUGUCUUGGACAUAGAGGGAGACGGCCUGACCCUCGGCAUCAGCAAGGAGGAGGUGACCGUCAUCAUCGGCAACAGCAUCUGCACCGUCAAGACCCUCACCCUGACCCCAUUUUGUACUGUGCAGAUGGGGAACCUGCGUCUGGACCUUGGCCGAGUUCACUACGACACGGAGCCCCCGUCCCGCUUUCCCCCCGAGGCCCAGAUAGGGUUGGGGGUGGGUGCAGCGGUGCUGGCCUUCGUGGUGUUGCUGCUCAUCUUAAUGUACAGACGGAAGAGCAAGCAAGCCUUGCGAGAUUACAAGAAAGUCCUGGUGCAGCUGGAAAACCUGGAGAUCAGCGUGGGAGACCAGUGCCCGCAAGGAAUUCACAGCUUCUGCUUACACCAGUUUGUUUUGACAGUCUUUCCCUGUCGCUCCCAGCUAAUCCGGACGCUGGAGGCCCAGCCGACGUUCUCGCAGCGGGAUCGGUGUCACGCGGCGUCGCUGCUCUCUUUGGCGCUCCACGGGCGCCUGGAGUACCUGACGGACAUCAUGCAGACCCUGCUGAGUGAUCUUGUCGCCCACUGCGUCGCCCGCAACCCGAAGCUCAUGCUUCGCAGGACGGAGACCAUGGUGGAGAAGCUCUUGACCAACUGGAUGUCCAUCUGCCUCUACUCCUACCUCAGGGAAGUGGCCGGCGAGCCCCUCUACAUGCUGUUCCGCGCCAUCAAGUACCAAGUGGACAAAGGGCCCGUGGAUGCCGUGUCGGGCAAGGCCAAGCGGACGUUGAACGACAGCCGCCUUCUGCGGGAAGACGUGGAGUUCCGGCCCCUCACCCUGACCGUCUUGGUGCGGGGGGCUGGCCCCGGCGGCAGCGAGACCCAGCGGAUCCCGGCCCGGGUCCUCGACACAGACACCAUCACCCAGGUGAAGGAGAAGAUCGUGGACCAGGUCUACAAAGGGGUGCCCUUCUCCCAGCGCCCCUCUGUGCACUCCCUCGACUUAGAGUGGCGAUCGGGAGUCGCUGGCCACCUGACGCUCUCCGACGAGGAUCUGACCUCCAUCACCCAGAACCCGUGGAAGAAGCUCAACACCCUACAGCAUUACAAGGUUCCAGACGGGGCCACGGUCAGCCUCAUCCCCCGCCUUCACAAUGACAUUUCCCAAGGCACGAGCCAGAACUAUUUCUCUGGAGAAAAUACCCCGAUGCUAGAAGAUGGAGAGGAGGGAGGGGUGCGCCUCUGGCACCUGGUGAAGCCCUCCGAGGAGCCGGAGCUCACAAAACAGGCACAAGAGCGGCGCAGCAGCCUCCGAGAACGGGCCAAGGCCAUCCCCGAGAUCUACCUCACGCGCUUGCUUUCCAUGAAGGGGACGUUGCAGAAGUUUGUGGACGACGCCUUCCAGGCCGUGCUGAGCGUGAACCGCCCCGUGCCCAUCGCGGUCAAGUACCUGUUCGACCUGUUGGAUGAGCUGGCAGUCCGGCACGGUGUCCACGAACCUGAGACACUGCACAUCUGGAAGACCAACAGUUUACUGCUGCGCUUCUGGGUGAACACCCUCAAGAACCCACAGUUCAUUUUUGACGUGCGUGUCUCCGACAACGUGGAUGCCAACCUGAGCGUCAUCGCCCAGACGUUCAUCGAUGCCUGCACAACCGCCGAGCACAAAGUCGGGAGGGACUCACCAGUCAACAAACUGCUCUAUGCCCGGGAAAUCCCACACUACAGGCAGAUGGUGGAGAAGUAUUACGCUGAUAUUCGACAGACGGUUCCCGCCAGCUACCAAGAAAUGAACUCUGCCCUGACGGAACUCUCAGGGAAAUACUCCUCUGACCUCAACUGCCUGGUUGCCCUGCAAGAACUUUACAACUAUAUCAACAAGUACUACGACCAGAUUAUCAGCGCGCUAGACGAGGACCCGCUGGGACAGAAGAUGCAGCUGGCCUAUCGCCUGCAGCAGAUCGCGGCUCUGGUGGAGAACAAGGUGACGGACUUGUGACACCCGCCCCCGGAGCCACGCCCUGCCCAGGCAGCCGGCGACUGACGGAAGGCUCAAGCGGAUUUGACCCAAAGGUUCCUGCGCUGUCAACCAGGGUGCGCUCGCCCUCGUCGUUGCCCCCAGUGCCUUAACCGCAUAGAUGCUCCUGGGCUCUCUCGAACUCGGUGCUCUCUCUCUCUUUUUAAAAACUAGCUGCAAAGGGAAUCUUCCCCCACCGAUACACUGGCUUUGUACAUUUUUUUUAAAAAAGGUGUGUAUUUAUUUCUGUCGCUCUCCAAGGAGGGCGUCGGCCGCCUUCUCCUACCCGUGGGGGGGAGAGAAUGAGGUUUACGGCAGAGUCUGGGAUUGGGGGAGUUUACCCCGCUCCCCCAAAUUUCCUAGAUUCUCCUAGCCCCCCCCCCCCUCCCCGCCCUCCUCAGUUUCUGGGCCGAUAAUGCACUAAUAUUGGGGUGGUGAUUCCUCUGUACAACAGAGUCUAAUGAGUCCCUUUUAACGCUCCUCCCCCCGCCCGUCUCUUUUUAACUCCCCCCUCCCCGAUUGUAUGUAUAUAUGGAGCUCUCCGCUCCGGGAUUGUAUUUAUUUUAAUGAGAUUUUGGAGAGAAUUAAAAACGAAACCACUUUUCAGAAAAAAAA